CUCACGGCCUCUAUCCUCCACCUGUGCAUCAUCAGCAUGGACCGCUACUGGGCCAUCUCCAGCCCGUUCCGCUACGAGCGCAGGAUGACGCGCAGGUUCGCGUGCGUGAUGAUCGGUGUGGCGUGGACGCUGUCUGUGCUCAUCUCCUUCAUCCCCGUGCAGCUCAACUGGCACCGCGCGGGCGCGCAGAACGCCACGGACCCGGGGGACUGCAACGCGAGCCUGAAUCGCACCUACGCCAUCUCCUCUUCCCUCAUCAGCUUCUACAUCCCCGUGCUCAUCAUGGUGGGCACGUACACGCGCAUCUUCCGCAUCGCGCGCACGCAGAUCCGGCGGAUCUCGUCGCUAGAGAGGGGCUGCCGCGCUGUGCACCGGCGGCCCCGCGCCUCCGCGCACGAGGAGAGCUCUCUGAAGACUUCCUUCCGCCGCGAGACCAAAGUACUGAAGACGCUGUCGGUCAUCAUGGGCGUGUUCGUGUUCUGCUGGCUGCCGUUCUUCGUGCUCAACUGCAUGGUUCCCUUCUGCCGCCUGGAGCGCCGGCGCGCGCCGCCCUGCGUCAGCGACACCACGUUCAGCGUGUUCGUGUGGUUCGGCUGGGCCAACUCGUCCCUGAACCCGGUCAUCUACGCCUUUAACGCCGACUUCCGGAAGGCCUUCUCCACCAUCCUGGGCUGCAGCCGCUACUGCGCCACCUCGGCGGUGGAGGCGGUGGACUUCAGUAACGAGCUGGCGUCCUACCACCACGACACCACCCUGCAGAAGGAGGUGUGCGCUGCGCCGGCGGAGCUCGAGCGCGACUUCGAUAAAGUUUCGGCCACUUCCGGUGAUUCCCGGAACCGCCGGAACUUGCUGCUGCCCGCCAUCCUGCGGCACGAGUGCGAGGCCGAGAUCUCUCUGGACAUGAUGCCCUUUGGACACGAUGCACCGGCAGACUGUUACGCGAUACCCGGUCAAGUCCAGGACCUGUGAG